ACGCCAUUGUAAAAAAGAUUCAAUGUGAACGCGAGUGUACGUUCUGUUAGACACACAAGUGUAUUCUUGCAAUGAUUUAGUUUACGAAGAAAGAAACUACAACUGUUUUAUAAAAAAUGACCUUCCAAUGUUCAAUAAAAAUUAUUGUGAAUCAUUGACUGGUUGGAAUUGGUGUAAAUAUAGUGAGAACAGUUAUUUUAAGAUGAAACAUACAUAACCAAGUUUAUAUUUUCAAUUCUAAAAUACUAUUUUUACAAGAAGAAAAUAAUUCUCAAAUUGACAUUUUUUUUUCUAUUUGACAGUCUUUUGACUAAUUAACUAAUGAAAAUGUUUUCAAUUUCUUCUCAUUUUAAUGUCAAAAUGUGUAUUUUUUGAAACAAUAACACAAUGGAUAAAAAUUAUUGCGCAUUUGCAGAGUGAGGAGAUAAAAAUUCCCCUCAGAAAUAAAAUAUCAGUAGACACCAAACUUUUGUAAAAAUUACAUCGCAAGAAAAAGAGAAGAUCCAAAUUAUUAUCAAUUAUAAAAAUCUACAAAAAUUUAUAAAGAAACAAAGAAUAAGGAAAAAAAUUAUUCCCUGAGUGAUGUUACGAGAAUUAAAAAUUGACCUUCCUGCCCCAACAAUAAUUGAUCAAAUAUUGUGAUAAAAAAUGUAAAAAAAAAAAAAGAAGAAAAAAUUCAUUUUCUUUUCUACAAAAAAAGAAAGAAGGAACAAAAAAAAAAUUUGAAAAUUUUAUAUACUAUACUUUUUUAUCAUACAAUUUAAUUUUGUGGACCACUUGUAUAAUUAAAUGUAGGAAUAUAGCCAAAGAAUACCAAAAAAAAUGGAACACGAUUGUAAAUAAUAUUGUGCAAAAAAAGAAUUUUGUAAACAAUAAUUACAAUGAUAAAGUGGAAUUUAAUGUUGUAGAAAGAUAACGGAUAGAAAGCUGCAAAUAGAACAAUAUAAAAAAAAACAGUUCAGAUAUUAGUGGAUAUAAAUAUAAAUUCAAUAUUUGGAUUCAAUAUAAUUAUGAGAGAAAACAUGAAGAAAAGACUACUACUGGGUUUUAUAUGCGCUGUUAUUUUAUUCAUAUUAGUAAUAACUAAUGAUGGUGAUUUUACUCAAAUAAUUGUACCCCUUAUGAGUAGCAGUAAAGAACGUGACAUAUCAUGUUAUAUUAAAACGUCCGAUGCUAAUGGACUUCAGGAAUUUGAUGCAACAAAAGAUAGUGAUAGACCGAAAUUUGGAAAUAAUAUAUUUUUUCACGAAACUUCGUGCUUUGAUAAUGAUGAAUUAACAUUAAAUGCAAGACAAGCGUGUGCUGUUGAAUCGGCAGCAAGAAUGAAUGGAAAAAUGACAGUCUACCUAUUAUUUAUGAGUCCAUCAAAAAUAUCCGAAUCAUCGAAACAAUUAAUAAGACAAUUAUUGAGCUAUGAGAAUAUCAAAAUUCGACGCCUUUAUAUGAAUAAUUACGUGAAACAUACGCCAUUGGAGGAAUGGUAUGACAGUGGUAUUUUGAGAACAAGCCGUUGGCCAAAAAGUCACAUGUCUGAUAUUUUGCGAUAUCUCACAUUAUGGAAGUACGGUGGCAUUUAUUUGGAUCUGGACGUCGUUGUAACAACAUCACUGGAGAAAUUAAAAAAUUUUUCUGGUGCUGAAGACUGGGAGGAUGUUGCAGCAGGUGUGAUUGGAUUUGGAAUGGACAAUUUAGGUAGAAGAGUGGCUGACGCUUGCGUGAGGGAUUUAAAAAGAAAUUUUAAAGGCAAUGUUUGGGGUAAUAAUGGACCCGGAGUGAUAACAAGAAUCCUACAAAAACUCUGUGAUACAAAAUAUGCUCGCGAUAUGACACCAGUUCGUUGUAAUGGUUUCAAGGUUUUUCCACCAUCUGCUUUUUAUCCAAUUGGCUAUAAAAAUUGGACAAAAUACUUUGAGACAAAUGAUAUUAAUGAGACUAUGGAGAUUAUUAAAAAUUCAAAAGCAAUUCACGUUUGGAAUAAAUUCAGUCACGAGAGACAAAUCAAAGUUGGCAGUCAAGUGCCCUAUUCAAUAAUUGCCCAGAAAUAUUGUCCUAAAGUCUAUAACAAUUGCGGUACAUUUUUCUGAGCCUAUUUUUCCCCUCUGUGCUUUUUCCAAAAUUUCCAAAUGUGAUUUUUUG